AUGUCAAUGAGUAAUCAAGUUCAAAGAAUGGAUUCUUUUCGGCUAUUGUUGAACGACAUUAGCCACCAACUAACGGAACAAAACCUACAAAGUCUUAUUCAUAUUUUUAACGUGCCAGGCGGGGUAAGAAAACAGAUAAACGACGGGUUAGCGUUGUUCGCCUAUAUGAUUACGCAGGAUUACAUCAGCCGUGAAAAAAUUGGAAAUCUUCGCAAUUUAAUUCGAAAGAUAAGGCCGCACAGGAAAGAUUUAGUUCGCCUAGUGGAUAACUACAUCAAAAAGGAAUUUCAAACCGAUAAUGUUCGCUCAGUUAUCGGCGAUUUCAGCGAAUCUUGGCCGGGAGUUAUUUUUGAAAGUCCAGUCACUGUAGACGAAGAAACGGCUGUAUGUAAAAUCGAUUGUGGGUAUUCAAAUUGCGUUUGUCGUAGAGUGCCUUCGUGCUACGUACCAAUAAUAGUAUUGUUAGUUAUUGCUAUAAUUGCCACAGUGGUGUGUUGGUAUGCAGAUGUCCCCAAAAUCAGCGACUCCAUCAAUUUCAACUCGGAUCUGAAGAGAGCAGGGGUGUAUAUUCUCAUAUUAGAGAUUUUGGCACUUCUGCUUGCCAUCUGCCUCCGCAUCCGUAGGAAUUUGGUUUCCUGCUUGGCUUGCCAUAAAUCCAGCUAUACUGUAUUGGCUAACCCAAAUGACCAAGGGCCAUCCCGGCAAAUUACCUCCGCAAGUGAUGUUAGAUUACAAAGAGUGACAAGUGCUCCCAGGUCCUAUAAAACCAGUGCCUCAGAAAGUGCUAUAUUUAGCGAUGCUUCUGGUGAUCCCAGUAGUCUGUCCACUUUUGGUACGUUUCAACCAAUGGACGAAUUUCCUAAGGCAUGA